AUGGAGACGGUACCCUCCUCAGCAGUAUGCACCUUCGUUGGUGAAGGCGCGGCAAAUGUCGUCUUUGAGCUCACGGGUGUGGCAGACCACCCAAACUUGAACGGCCAGUUGCUACGGCUGCCGAAGGACGAGUCGAGUGGCAUGUCAUAUGCUGAGCUCCAGGACUACUGGGAGAACAAGGUUUCGCCUCUUUUCGAGCCGCAUGAGCUCGUGCAGCAGAAGCUAGUCCAGCUACCCCAAGAUCCUGAAUUCUUCGACCGGCUCAACCAGCAACUCGAACAAAUCGAAGAAAAGGGCACCCGCCGCCAUGACUUUGCCGGCCACAGGUUCGCGCCCGAAGGCAUGAAGACCGGCAUGCUGGUCGAGGACAUGAGGCCCAGGAGGGCGGGCGCAUCACCGUCCACCGGGGAUGACGACGAUGGAGACGAAGACGACGACGACGAUCUCUUCACGCUGCACGAGAUCAAGCCCAAGUGGCUGCACCAGUCACCCCGGGCGCCCGAGGGCGCGGAGCAGUGCCGCAAUUGCGCGCGCGAGGUGCAGCGCAACCUCAAGAACUCGACGCGCAACCCCGUCUUCUGCCCGCUGAACCUGGUCAAGGCCGUCGACUUCCCCCGGAACCAGCACGUCGUGGGGGACAUCCGGCGGUCGCUGGGCCUGUCGGAGGCGCAGUCCGACAACCUGCAGGCGUGGCUGCGCGGCUCGACCCUGCUGCGCCGCCUGCGCACCGCGCAGUGGGACAACGACCACGCGCCCAAGGCGGUCGUCCCUGUCACCUCCGACGACAACAAUGACGGCGGCGAUGAUGAUGAUGAUGAUGAUGACGGCGACGACAACAUAUCUCGCUACUGCCUGGCCAUGACGCUGCGCGACUGCAGCCUGUUCCUGCGGAUCCCCAGGCGGCCCGGCGCGAAGGCCGAGGACGUCGUCGCCAAGCUGGCCGACAUGGACAAGAAGAACUUUGGCGUCAAGCGCGAGUACUGGGAGGGCAUGGAGCAGGGCCUGCACGCCAAGGGUCUGUACUGGAAGGGCGACGGCGUCUCGGCCGAGCUGACCGACUGCCAGUUGCCCUUCUACAAGGCUGGUGGGAAGAACCUGCCGCCCAACGUACGGACCUACUACCGGAUCUAA